CCCUACUUGCGUACUUGCCGCCGCAACGACAACGUCUUCAGAACCAUUUUCUAUUGCAAUUCCCGCAUUUUGAAGCCAGGGUCCAAGGCUUCGUUUAUAUGGACUAGGGUUUUAGCACGAGCGGAAGAUGACGAUGAUGGUGGGCUUCCUCCGCAAAGCCCUUGUACUCCAGGUGAGGUUUACUCUCUCAGCUUCACCAACUCCACAAAGCCUGCCUUAUCUUCACCACCACCUCUACCCAUUCUCAUCUUCAUCCGAAGCACACUCAUUCACUGUGUCUCACCUCAUAAACUCAUGUGGCUUCUCCCAUAAAGCGGCUCUAUCGGCUUCCAAAUACUUGCACUUUAAAACCCCAGAAAAACCCAAUUCGGUCUUUGCCUUCUUCAACAGCCAUGGCUUCUCCGAAUCCCAGACCUCAAAAAUUGUAAGGUCACAACCUCAACUCCUCGUAUCCGACCCAGACAAAUCCCUUUUGCCCAAACUCCAAUUUUUCUACUCCAAGGGCGCUUCUAACCCUGACGUUGUCAAGAUCAUAGCCUCUUGCCCAGUCAUCAUGAAACGAAGUUUGGAAAAUCAAAUCAUCCCAUCCUUUAAUUUCUUCAAAGAUUUCUUUCAAUCCGAGGAGAUGACAAUGGCUGCUGUUAAACGCUUUUCACGGGUUCUAAUAGUUAAUCCCCACAUCUGUGUGGAAUCUAAUAUCAAUGCGUUGCAAGAAUCUGGAGUACCCAAAUCUAAUAUUGCCGCAUUGCUAAGCCUCCAGCCUAGGGCAUUCAUGGUGAGACCAAAUCAUUUUAGGGAGAUUUUGGAGGAAGUAAAGAAAAUGGGGUUUGAUCCUUCAAAAACAAGGUUUCCCACAGCAGUCCAAGCAAUGACAGGGAUGUCAAAAUCAACCUGGGAAAGGAAGAUUGAUGCUUAUAAGAGGUGGGGCUGGUCUGAGGAAGAUAUUUGGUUAGCCUUUACAAAGUCACCCUGGUGUAUGAUAUAUUCCGAGGAUAAAAUAAUGGCAACAAUGGAUUUCUUCGUCAAUAAAAUGGGGAGGGAGUCUUCUUUGAUUGCUAACCGGCCCUUUCUCAUCGGGCUUAGCUUGGAGAAGAGAAUUAUUCCUCGGUAUUCAGUUGUUCAAGUUUUGUUGUCUAAGGGUUUGAUUGAUAAAGACAUUAGCCUGGUAGUUCUGUUUGAAUCUACUGAAAAGAUGUUUCUGGAAAAGUUUGUGAAUGGCUACAAGGAAGAAGCCCCUCAGUUAUUGAACUUGUACCUGUACCAGGAAAAAGUCAAUCUUUCAGGAAAAGCAAGAGGGAAGGGGUAGUUGUAGAAUGUCAUUGGAAUUCAAAAUUUUCUGCACCUUCCCCUGUGUGGGUGAUUCUGCUGAAAAUGAGUUGGUUCUUCGCCUAUACAUUAGUGUCUUACUUCAUGAACUCAUGAGGGUUCUCCUUCCGAAAAGCUGCCAAUGCAGCUUCCAACGCCCCCACUCAGUCCUCAUCCUUUCCACAAGCCAGGGUUUCUUCCAACCCCAAAUCUCCCACUAUUGCUUCUCUUCAUAAAAGCUCUUAUACUUGCCACCCAUCCACCCUAGAACAUUUUUUGUAAAAGCUGAUAAAAUUUAAAAGAAAAUAGUAGUUGUGAUGAUGGAGAAGGCUCAUCCACAUGGGAAAGAAAAAUGGAGGUUUAUCUGAGGUGGGGUUAGUAGGAGAAAGAGAUUCUCAUUGCCUAACAACCAUGUCCUAUCACCUAUGCAUGCGUCUGAGGGUAUGAUACAGCUAUAAAGGCAGUGAUGGAU